AUGAAUACAACUUACUGGUUUCAUUCAGUCUAUGAGUAUACAACUCUGCCUGCAAUUUACACCUUUGUCUUCAUCAUUGGUCUCGGAGCUAAUGUAUGGGGACUAAAGUCUCUGCUGCAGAAAUGGAAAAUUCUUGGACAUAUUAAUGUGUUUCUUCUGAACCUUGGAAUUGCUAAUUUUUUGUUCCUGCCAACUCUCCCAUUUUUGUCAGCGUACUAUUUUAUGGACAGUAAAUGGAUAUUUGGAGAUGCCUUCUGCAAGAUGACAAGAUUCUGCUUCAACCUGAAUUUAUACGGCAGCAUUGGAUUCCUCACCUGUAUUAGUGUCUACAGGUACCUGGCUAUUGUCCAUCCAAUGAAAGUGAUGGGAAGAAUAACUGUGACUCACUCUGUAGCUAUCUCAGUUUUGAUUUGGCUGUUGGUGAGUGCUCAAAGUUUUCCAGAUAUGUUCUUCCCUAAAAACUCAAAAAAUAGAACUGAAAAAUGCUACCAUACCACCUCUUAUGACUAUGUGGAGGAUUACCUGAAAUACAGUGUUGGCUGGACACUCACUGGGUUUGUUAUCCCAUUCCUUAUCUUACUUGGCUCCUAUGGACACGUGACUCUUGUUCUCUGCCGCAUUAAUACCAUUGAUAAGGUGGUGAAACAAAGAAGCUUAAAGUUGAUGUUCAUCUUGAUUUUGCUCUUCUCGGUUUGUUACAUCCCCUAUCAAAUUUUUAAGAAUCUCAGCCUUUAUUCAAGAGUACUUUAUUCAAGAUACAAGAAGUAUCCAACAUGGGAUGAGAGAGUCUUUGGGGCUCAUCAGAUCAGUCGUGGUCUUGUGUGUCUGAAUAGUGUUUUGAACCCCUUGGUUUACCUCCAUGUCAUGGAUAUUCCCGCUCAAAUCAGACAGAUGCUUCAGCGGUUUCGUCAGAUCUUUGUGUCAGAGUUCAGCAGUGUACCAGUGGCACAAAGUGCAGAUGUUUAA